CAGGGCGAGUCGCUAGGCACAAUAACUGCAGGGGUCCAAGGGGGCAAAGGGCUUGUUGCGGCAGGUGCUCAGAACGUUCAUUCAGUCAGGGAGCGUGUGGUCAGAGAAUCCCCCUAUGUGGCAGGGCCAGCGAAUGAAUGGAGUGGUGAUAUGAAUGACGAGAGGGCUAGAGGGGUCCCAGACAGGGCCGGGGGCAGUACUUCUACCCCGAUUGGGGGCGGCAGUCAAGGGGGACACACGGCUGGCCUGGAUACUCCCCUCUCGUUUGUUUCUCCCCCACAGGACAUGGUGCCUACACCGCAGAGGACAGAGGGCCCGGGUACAACGGGAGUAGGACUAUCUGUACAGCCAGCAGGCGGAUCAGUGGCAGCUGCACCAGGAACAUCUACCCCGUCAACAUCGGCAGUUGGUGUGGCUACAGGUCCUUCUCGUAUCUGGAUAAUAGGGCACUCCUACGUGCACUGGGCGGCACUGAAGGCCCAUUCUCUUCCUGAGGGGCAGCAGUUGGGGAUUCCGACGUCUCAGGCAUCAAUACGGUGGUUGGGCCGUAGAGGCUUACAGUGGGAUGGUUUGCCUGCCCUCCUCCAGAAUGCCAGACAUCGAUGGGGACAGCCCCACAUCAUCCUCCUUCACAUGGGGGGAAACGAUAUAGGGAGUGCACCUGCUCUAGAUCUCAUCAAUGCGAUGAGGUCGGAUGUCAAGUGGAUCUGUACCACGUUUCCGGGGGUUAGGCUGGCCUGGUCCAACAUAAUCCCCCGGCUGCGUUGGAGAUAUUUCCCCACACCGAGGAUAGCAUAUAGGGUUAGGAAAAAAGUUAACAGGGAGCUGGGUAGAGCAGUAAUAGAGGUAGGGGGUUUUGUGGUCCGCCAUGAACUGAUCUCAGCGGACAAAAAAGGGCUGUAUCGCCCGGACGGGGUGCACCUGUCCGACGAAGGGCUGGCGAUCUUCCUGGUGGACCUCAAAACGGCUCUGGUUAGUAAUAUUUAGCGGGUGGCGGCAAGAGCCCGGUUUAUGUGGGAGUGCCUGUCUCUUGUGGCGGGAGGUCGUAGCCAUCAACAAUUGAGGGCGGAGUCUGUAGAGGUGACAGUCGGGCUAAUGGGCGGGGGUGAUGUCCUCAGGUCGUGACCUGGGGGGCCCCGCCCCGCGGGUCUGCUGGCUGAAGAUCCUUUAGGACGUCCGCGCCUACUAGACGGAAUGGGGUGGGGCCACAUUUGUGCCCACCCUUGGCAUUUGCUAUUCCACGACAUCUGGCUGCGACCUCUUGUCAUAUGGAGCUAAUAGUUUACUAGGCCUCGAAUGCCGCCACAAGUUAAAUAUUUGAAUGACUUCCGUUGAAGUCAAGUUAAUAAAUGUGACCAUCGUUAUGGUCUUUAAAUCCCAGCUAUCUGUGUCGUGUCUUUAUUUAUAAGUUAAGUAGUUAUGUUAAGUUGUUUUGAAGGGGUUGGAACUACCAGAUACAGCAUCAGCCCUUAGGGGAAUGAAAGGUAGCAGAGUCUCCUGUAAUGGAGUUAAGGGAUGAGCUGACAGGCUAGUGGAAAAUCCCAGUGUAGUGUAGCAGCAACAAUGUUGCAAAGUGAGGGGAGGUCUUAGGCUCACCUAAUAUAAACGAAGUUCUGGAACAAUCUGGCCUCUUCCACCUGGGAUUUUGCAAGGAGAAAGUUUCCCUCCCUCCCAACCCUAUUGUUGAAUGGUUAAUUAAGUAAUUGCUAUUGCAACAGUUUUUAGGCGUCAUUCAGGCAGAUGGCUUCCCGGACGGGUUGCUGGUCCUUUAGAUGCGAAAGGCAGGGAUGGGGUUAGUUGACCUAGUCUUGGUAAGACCU